ACUCUCUCUAUCACAGAAACCACCUAGGUAACAGGUGCGAAAAUCAGGGCAUACCACCCGCAUCCAGAUCUUUCGGAUCUCCCUGCUCCGAUAUCUCUUCCACUCUCCACAUAACCCGAAUUUCAUCGCAGUCCGCGAGAUUACCCCUCAUUUCACUAUCAACGUCCGAUCAUGUCAGACUACUACGACCGUCAAGGCGGGGACCCUCGCGAGUACGGCGGCGGUGGUCGCGGCGGAGACAACUACUACGACCAGAGCCAGCGCUUUGACGACAACGGCCAAGGCGGGGGCCGCCGGGAUGACUAUGGCGAACAACGCCAGCAGGGAGGGCACGGAAAAGGGGACGGUUAUGGCCGACAAGAAGGACGCUCUGGAAGAGACGACGGCUAUGGAGGUGGUGGCAUGAGUGGAGGCUACGGAGAUGAACCACCUCGCCAUCAUGGUCGUCGCGAUGAUGAAGGCUAUGGUGGCAGCUCGGGCGGAGGUGGAGGAUAUGGAGGCGACGGCGGGUAUGGAAGACCCUCAGGCGGAGGCUAUGGAGGAGGCGGAUCUGCCGACUACGACCAAGAGGAAGUGAUGCGACACAGCCAGCAACACGGCAAUCCGCAAGAUUCCGGUCUUUUUUCUCAGGCCAUGUCAUUUCUCAACCAAAACAAGCACAGUGCUCAAUCCGAGGACGUUGACGAAGGUCGUAUGCAGCAAAGCCAUCAGAUGCUCUACCAGCAAGACGGUGGCGGCCAGCAGCACGACGCCUCCAGCUUGGGAGCGGGGGCUGCGAUGCAAGCCUUGAAGAUGUUCUCUGGGUCUGGUGGAGGCGGAUCCCAGUCUCAGAUGAUCUCCAUGGCCAUGCAAGAAGCUUCAAAACUGUUCGACCAGCAGAGCAACAUGGGCAAUGUUCAGGGCGGCACAGACAAGCAGUCGGCGAUCAACAUGGCUGCAAAAAUGGCCUUGCAGAUGUAUAUGAAGGGUGGUCAAGGAGGUGGUGGCGGCGGUGCUUCUGGGCUGAUGAGCCUUGCCAGCAAAUUCUUCUCUUGAAAAAGGGGGACGGGUCUGCUGACUAUUACUCCAUACAUUUCUCCCAUAGCUUCAAGGCGAGGGAAUUCCGACAAGGCUCCAUGCUAGAUUUCUGUGGAGCAACACUACGACAUAGCUGUAAGAAGAAGGUUUAGCGAUGGACCCUAGUCCGCUUCUGGCAAAGCCGGGCCAG